GAGAAAGAAUAUCUCUCAUUGCUUUUUAACAUAUAUUCCUCUCUAAGGAUUUCUCCAUUGAUUUUUGUGGAAUAAGUUCUCGUUUCAUCUCUAUGCUUGAAUAAAACCCACUAUGUAUUUUCACUUCUCUUUAGUCGGUUUCAAAAAUUCCCCGGAAUAGCACAUGGAAUAUUUAUAUAUAUUUUUUUUGGAAUUUUUGUUGAUUUUCUAAAAUUAUUUUGGGUUCUUUGUGGACUCAAUCUGUGUUCAGAAUCCAUCUUCAUUUUCUAAUCAUUUGGAAAUUGAACUGGUUUUCUUCUUCUGUUCUAUACAUCAGAACUGCCCAUCAAAAAUUUUCGGUCAAAACUGAUGGACUCAGCCGAACUUUUCAAUAAGAAUUCUAUCGAACUCGAGUCUUUUUAAGUUUCGGUAUCAUCAGGAUCGAGUUUUACCUUGUUUUUUAUUAAGAUUUUUCGAUUUCGAUUUCUUUUCUUUUCUCCUUUUUAAUCUGGGCAGGGACUGGUAUUUCCAUUGAAUAAAGGCCAUCUGAAUUGAGUUUUUCACCAUGGCCAACAGUUCAGUGACUCUGGAUAAAUGGAGGGAGUAUUUCAGGAGUGCGAAUUCAGAUAUCUUUAAUAUAAUUGAGCACGCAAUUAUGGUGGCAGCCUCUGAUUGCCCUUAUGAGUUCAAACUGAAGAGGGAGAGAAUUGCGGAGAUGCUUUUCACAUGCAAACAAACAAGGUGUUUUGGGUGUGAAAGAAUUGAACUGGCAGUUCCAUGUGAAAAUGAUGCUGAAAAAUGUGAUGACAAGUACAAGAGUGGAAAUGAGACGGGUGGAAGUAAAGACACAAAAGAAAGCAAAGUGCAUAGCAAUAGAGAUGUUGAUCAUACGGACAUGAAUGCGAAUUAUGUCAGUAAUUUCAGUUACGGAGAAGCCGAGACAUUGACUGAUGAACUUGAUGAGGAAUAUCAGUUGCUUGAAGAGGUUUUGAGGAUUAAAGAUAUUCUUAACAACAGUGAGGAAGAGUCUGAUUCAUUAUUGUUUGAAUCACUGAGGAAGCUUCAACUGAUGCCUUUGUCUGUAGAGAUUCUGAAGGCUACGGAGAUUGGAAAGUCAGUUAAUAUGCUGCGGAAGCAUGGAUCAAAGGAGAUUCGUAAUCUUGUAAAAACGUUAAUUGGGGAUUGGACGAUCAUGGUUGAUGAAUGGGCUAAUGCUACAGAAGCCACUGCAGGUGCAGAAGUUGCAACAGAAUCUGUAAAAACGUCUGCUUUUGAAGAAGAGGAAGGGCUUCCGUCUCCUCCAAUGGACGAAGGAGCAUUUUUUGCUACACCUACUUCAAUGGAACUGUCACAGUUCUUUGACGGCAUGGAUGAUGAUGGAAUUGGGGACGCUCUGGAUCCUCGAAACAGUGGGGAAUUCAAUAAGAACUGCAAAAAGGGCAGACAGCCAACACUCGAGAAGCCAAGUGUCCCUAAAUGGAGAGACCAAAGUCCGGAAUCCAACAAGAACCAUGAAAGUAGCAGAAAGGUGACACUCGAGAAAUCGAGUAUCCCAAAGUGGAAAGACCAGGCUCCUGAUGAUUCAUGCACUCGUCCAAAGGACACAAAAGUUGAGCAAAAGAGGGAUCUGGAAGCUGUGGUGAAGAAACAAACUCCUGUGCGUAAACCUAACAAACCGCCCAGCAGUGGAACUGGACCCCGGAUGCCGAGACCAACCUUGCAAAACAAGGUUAAAAAUGAUACUAAGGACCAGCAGAAACCCGUCAAAGGCAUGAUUCAGAAGAAACCAACGCCACCUCAACAAGAUAAGUUGAGGGGCAACAAUGAGGCUUCAAUGCAAGUAAAGCUAGAAGCAGCAAAGAGGAAGCUCCAUGAGCGCUAUCAAGAAGCUAAAAAUGCCAAGAAGCAGCGGACAGUACAAGUUGUGGAGUUUUGUGAUCUCCCCAAGCAGAGUCUUGCUCAGAGUAAUCAGAACAUGAGGCCUGGAAACCAUAAUAGGCAAAGGGCAAAUGGACGCAGGUAGAUUAUGUAAUUACUAAACUAGUUUUGACUUCCUUGUUUAUUUUGUCUUGAGCUGCUCGAGAACUUGAGAACCUCAAGCAUUGAUUCGAAUAGGCAUGCUUUUUGAUGUGUUUAAGUUAGUAAAUGUAGUUUCGACUUUAUAGUCGAACUUGUAGGAGAGGAUAGCAUUGGUUCUCUGGAUCUUUAUUAGUUACAUAGGAACCAUAAACUGUAGACUGGUGGAAACAUUUUGCAAUGAAGCAUGUGGUUCAUGCUCAAGUUUAAGCAUGAAUGCAAUAGAAAGGAUAAACCUUUUCAGUUUUAGAAA